AUGAAUCCAAACACAGAAAAACAUCAGAAGUUUCUUGAAUAUCUGUUAAAUAGGUCACAAAAUAGGAAAUGUGCUGAUUGUGGUGCUCUAAAUCCAUCCUGGGCCUCUGUUACACUUGGUUUGUUUCUGUGUCAUAAUUGCGCAGGUGCACAUAGGUCUCUUGGAGCAGAAAAAUCUAUGAUAAAAAGUAUCAGUAUAAACGAAUGGAAUACAGAAGAAUUACGUAGAAUGUUUGUAGGUGGCAAUUCAGGUCAUUUGAACAAAUCUAAGCAAUUCUACGAAAAAUAUUCAAACUGUAGCAAGCUCAUACAAAAAUUGGAUGAAAAGGUAUCAGCGCAUAAGAAGGAGAUACCAGAUGAUUCAUUCUUAGAUUUUGAGCAGAAUAAACAGAAAUUUACAUCACAGGCAACGAUCAAACAUAAAAGUGUUGUGAAAAUGUCUGAUCAAUUUCAUGUCACUAGCGAAGAGAACUCAACAGAAAAGGAACAAAUCAAAAUAGUUAAAGAACCAAAAGCACCAAAACAGGUCGCACCACCUGUGGUAAAAGAAACUGUUCAUUUAGGAAGAACUAAACUGAAUACAAAAGAGCUAAAGAAGAGCGUAUCCAACACGCGUAGUCCAUUCACAUUUUCACCACAAGAAAUUAACAGUGACUCUGAUAUUGAAUAA